AUGACGGAGUGGAAGAAUAUUAUUGUAAAUUAUGGAGGAUAUUGGAAUGAUAUUCUUUACAGUGGUGGGAGUGCAACAUUUUGUUACAUUCGAGCCGAUAAUAUAUGCAUUUUGGAAUUGAGACAAAGUAUUGACUAUUAUUUGGUUGCCAACUCUUUGAAUCCAAGCUACGAUCUGUAUUAUUUAUCAAGAACUCGAAGUGGUAGGCUGAUCCGGUCUCUGUUAAGCAACAAUGAACAACUUUUCCGAUUAUGCAGCACUGAGGUCGAGCCACAGGUUUAUGUGACUUUAAAAGAGAGCACUUUUCCACCGCCGCAGCAAGAAGUGUAUCGACCUUCAAUGGAUAUACCUUCUUCUUCCACUUCAUUCGAUCAUUCCAUCGUAGACCAGAUGAGAGCAUUUGAUUGGUUUUCGGAUUCAACUCCUAAUUCAACCAUGAAUCAUCACACUAUGAGAUCUAUUGGGGAUGAUGACGUUGAUGAUGAUGAGUACGUCCCAUCAACAGAUUCUGAUGGGGAUGAUGAAGAGGAAGAAGAAGCAGAUGAGCGGGAGUCAGCUCGAGUGGAUUAUGGAACAUUUGCAGAGCAUAUUGCGUGGAUACGCCGUGAGGGUGGAAUUGGCGAGCUUAUGGCGAUGAUAAUGCAAACAAACCCACGAGGUCUGUCUGAAGAUUUAGGCCCAGAAGCGUCGCAGGAGCUGAGGAAUUGGUUAGUUCCGGUUAUUCCAGAAGAUUUUACAGAGAAUCUUUUUGCUGGUAGACUUGCUGACAUACCAAAUCCCGACGAACUAUCUGAAGGUUCGAUAUUCGAAAGCAAAGAACUUCUCAAGCUAGCUGUUGGCUUGUGGCAUUUGGAACAUCGAGCAGAAUUCAUCAUUCCUCGUUCUGACCUGGAUAGGAUUACAUUCAAAUGCAAAUAUCGGAAUCGGUGUCCAUUUCAGUUACGAGCCACUCAGCAGGGAUCUUUUUGGUUUAUUCGCAAGUUUGGGCCUGCGCAUACUUGCAUUGGGGACAUGGUAAACACUGGUGUGCGAAAGUUCCAUGCUCGAGUCAUCGCAGCACAUAUUGCAAAGAAAAUGCGUGAGGAUGGUGAAAUUGUGAAGCCGAGGACUAUUAUGGCCGACCUACUGCGGGAAUAUGGUGUGAAUAUCAGUUACAGUGUGGCAAUUCGAGCAAGAAAUGGUGCCGUUGAGAUGAUAUAUGGGGGGCACAAAGAAUCGUAUUCAUUGCUCCCUGCCUACUUACACAUGUUAAGGACGUGCAAUCCAGGAUCGUUGACAGACUUGGAAAUUGAUGCUAGUGGUCGGUUCAAGCACCUUUUUGUGGCACUAGGUUCAUGUAGACUGGCAUAUACUAUGUGCCUAAGGCCAGUAAUUGUGGUAGAUGGCACACACUUGAAGGGACGUAACAAAGGUAUAUUGUUUGUUGCAGUGACGAAGGAUGGCAACGAACAAGUCUUUCCCUUGGCAUUCGGUGUUGGGCCUAUAGAGAAUGAUGAAUCAUGGACGUGGUUUUUGUCUCGACUGAAGUCAGCUUAUGGUGAGAAUUCUGAAAUGUUGAUUGUUUCUGAUGCACAUGUUAGUAUAGCGAAUGCUGUGAAAGCUGUAUAUCCGGAGGUUGCACAUGGUUUGUGUUACUACCAUCUGUUGAACAAACUCACUCGAUUUGGCAAGGCAGCAGUUGCACUAUACCAGAAAGCAGCUUAUGCAUAUAGAGAAAAUGAGUUUGAUGCUGCGAUGGCAAGUUUGAAAGCUCUUAAGGAAGAAGGUGGAGCUUAUAGCAAAUUGAUGCAGGUUGGCCCGGAGAAAUGGUCAAGAUGUAAGUGUCCUGUUCCACGAUAUAGUUUCUUAACAUCAAAUAUUGCUGAAUCGUUCAAUUCUCGUUUAUUGUGGGCAAGAAGGUUGCCCAUAUGUUCCAUGGUUGAGGCAAUCCGUCAUAUCAUAGAAAAGUGGUUCGAUGAAAGACAUGAAGCCGCCAAGUCAUUUUCUGCUGAUGUGACACCGGAAGCUCUAAGCAAGCUAACUGUUGAAUUGGAAAGAUCAAGGAGAUAUGAGGUCGUUCCCAUGUCACGUACUGCUUUCAAGGUUAAGAAUUCUAACAAGACUUUUAAAGUGAACCUUGAAACGCAAUCAUGCACGUGUGUGGAGUGGGAUACAAACAGGCUACCAUGCUCGCAUGCAGUUGCAGCCAUAAGACAUACAGGUGAUGAUAUAUCUAAGCAUGUGGGGGAUUAUUAUCAGGCUGCAAAAUUGCGCGAGGCAUACUCGUAUCGAGUUAAUUCAGUGCCCCCACUAGCUUCAUGGACGAUUCCUGCAAACCUUCAAGGUAUUGCCAUUGAUCCGCCUAAAAUCGGUAAACAAGCUGGACGUCCAAAGAGCACGCGCCAUCGGGCACCAACUGAAAGAACUACAUCAAGACGAAGAAAUGAAUCAGAGAAUACUGCUUCAGGUAGCAGUGGCCCUCUAACAUGUAGCUUGUGUGGAUCUGAAUCGCACACUAUUGACAUAUGUCCUUAUUUGAUUCCUCGUGACUGA